UUUGUAUUUCCGGAUCGACACUUCCGGAUCAAUAGUUGAAAAAUCCUGCAUAAUUAACUCACAUAUUAUCUUAAUUUAAGCAAUAGAUAGACAUCCGUAUAUCUUACAGUGUGUCAUCAGUUGGUUGAAGGCAUAAAGAUCAAUCGGACGAAUUUCUAUGGCAUUUGAAGGUACUUGUGAAGCGCUAACUGGUCGUCAAAAGGGUCUAACAGACUUUGGUGAAAACAUCCAGAAAUCACUUAUAGCAACACUUGGAGCCUUUUACAUAGGUUACUCCUCAGGCACAGUGUUGCAGGUGAGACUGGGAAAGAGAAUACCAACAAGAGCACAAAAUGCUAUGGUCAUACCCACUGUAAUGGGUGUUUCACUGGCUUAUAGUGUCCACCAGUUUAUGAAGAAGAAGUAUGGUGAAACAUGGGCCACCCAGACCAUACCCCUUGCCAAUAGAGAUGAGAAAUCGUUCCUGUUUUAAAAUUCCACAUACCCCUUACCUACCAAAGGUUUCACCAAACAGCAUGCAGUGCUAUAUAACUGCCAGAUAUAGACUAUCUCAGAUGAAGUCUUGCUAUGCCUCCCAAGUAUUUGAAGAUAGAUUCUCCACUGCUUAUUCCCUUCCAGAGAUGCCAUGGAUCACAUUCAAGAGAAAACGAAGGAAAUUUUUUGAAUAAGACACUCUUCUCAUUUCUCAAUUCUCACUUCUCAAUUUCAUUGUUUUAUGUAUUAUUUUUGGUAAACAAAUCGUUUGAAUAACUAUUGUAAUGUCAAUAGCAUUGAAUUGUUUAUUUGUGCUCAUGAUGUUAAAGGCCCCUACAAAAUUUUGAACCACGUGGCUCGUGUUUUAGUCUUUCCAGAUGUUACCAAAAUAUGGUAUGUGUAAUUUU